GGAGGGAGGGGAGAGCGGACGCCAUUUUCCCCGAGAGGCAGUGACAUAGAGGGGAGCGUAGGAGGCUGCAAGGAGGGAGACACGGGAGCAGCGGCGGCGGCAGCGGGGUUUGUACGCAGGUCCUGAGGCAAAAGGCGCUCCCCAGCUGGUCCCCGUAGGGUUCCGUGCGCCGAGCUGGUUCCUGGGGGGAGGGGGGGCCCUCCUCUUCCUUUCCUUCCCUUUUCUUUUCUUUCACCCGAGUCUGCUGAGGGGGUGAGUCCUGCCCAGGGUAGGGACAUCCGCAGUGGGGCAGCGGCAUUGUUUUGGUCGGGAUAGGAAAGGGGCUCGGCUGAGGGGUCCUGCUGCCUGGCCUGUGUCACCAUUACAGGGUUUGUGGAUGCACUUAGAUGUUUGCAAUGAGCACUGUGGCUGGCAUGCCCCAGUGUUUUGGAUACCAAUGCAUAGGACUCUGUAGUAAUCGAAUUUAUCAGAAACGAACGUCAUGAGCAUAGUGAUCCCAUUGGGGGUUGACACAGCAGAUACUUCUUAUUUGGAAAUGGCUGCAGGCUCAGAACCAGAAUCUGUAGAAGCUAGCCCUGUGGUAGUUGAAAAAUCGAACAGUUAUCCGCACCAGUUGUAUACCAGCAGCUCGCAUUCACACAGUUACAUUGGUUUGCCCUAUGCAGACCAUAACUAUGGUGCUCGGCCUCCUCCAACGCCUCCAGCUUCUCCUCCUCCGUCAGUGCUUAUAAGCAAGAAUGAAGUAGGCAUAUUUACCACUCCCAACUUUGAUGAAACCUCCAGUGCUACUACCAUCAGUACGUCAGAGGAUGGAAGCUAUGGAACUGAUAUUACCAGAUGCAUUUGUGGUUUUACACAUGAUGAUGGAUAUAUGAUCUGUUGUGACAAAUGCAGUGUCUGGCAGCACAUUGACUGCAUGGGAAUUGACCGGCAGCAUAUUCCUGACAUAUAUCUGUGUGAACGUUGUCAACCAAGGAAUUUGGAUAAAGAAAGGGCAGUGCUGUUACAGCAAAGGAAAAGGGAAAAUAUGUCAGAUGGGGAUACCAGCGCAACAGAGAGUGGUGAUGAGGUUCCUGUGGAACUAUAUACUGCUUUUCAACAUACACCAACCACAAUUACAUUAACUGCUACAAGAGUUACAAAGGUCAAUGAUAAGAAAAGGAAAAAAAGUGGGGAGAAAGAGCAGAAUAUAGCAAAAUGUAAAAAAGCAUUUCGAGAAGGAUCCAGGAAAUCUUCAAGAGUAAAGGGCUCGGCUCCAGAGAUUGAUCCUGCUGACAGUUCGAACUUUGGAUGGGAAACUAAAAUCAAGGCAUGGAUGGAUCGUUAUGAAGAAGCAAGUAACAACCAGUACAGUGAGGGUGUUCAGAGGGAGGCACAAAAAAUAGCUCUGAGAUUAGGCAAUGGAAAUGACAAAAAAGAAGUCAGCACCAGCAAUCUGAUUUUCAAACCUCCAGUAGAGAGUUACGUGCAAAAAAACAAGAAAAUUUUAAAAGCUGCCAAAGACUUGCCUCCUGAUGCACUUAUUAUUGAAUACAGAGGAAAGUUCAUGCUGAGAGAACAAUUUGAAGCUAAUGGAUAUUUCUUUAAAAGGCCAUACCCAUUUGUUUUGUUUUAUUCCAAAUUCCAUGGGCUAGAAAUGUGUGUUGAUGCAAGGACUUUUGGAAAUGAAGCUCGAUUCAUCAGGCGUUCAUGUACACCAAAUGCAGAGGUGAGGCAUGUAAUUGAAGAUGGAACGAUUCAUCUUUAUAUUUACUCCAUCCAUAACAUUCCAAAGGGAGCAGAGAUUACAAUAGCAUUUGAUUUUGAUUAUGGAAAUUGUAAAUACAAAGUGGACUGUGCUUGCCUCAAAGAAAAUCCUGAAUGUCCAGUCCUCAGACGUUCUGAGCCUACCGAAAACAUCAAUACUGGAUAUGAAACCAGAAGGAAAAAGGGAAAGAAAGAGAAAGAUGUUUCAAGAGAAAAGGAGACUCAAAAUCAGAACAUCACGUUGGACUGUGAAGGAGGAGCCACCAAAAUGAAAAUCACUGAUAAUAAGCAGAGGAAACUUUCUCCCCUCAGGCUCUCCAUUUCUAAUAAUCAGGAGCCAGAUUUUAUUGAUGAUAUAGAAGAAAAAACUCCCAUUAGCAAUGAAGUAGAAAUGGAAUCAGAGGAGCAGAUUGCAGAAAGGAAAAGGAAGAUGACAAGAGAAGAACGGAAGAUGGAAGCUAUCCUGCAAGCUUUUGCCAGACUAGAAAAAAGAGAAAAAAGAAGAGAACAGGCUUUGGAAAGGAUCAGCACAGCAAAAACUGAAGUUAAAUCAGAAUGCAAGGAAGCACAGAUUCUCAAUGACACCGAGUUUAUUCAGGAACCAGCAAAAGAAGAAACUGCCACCAAGCCCACCCCAGCCAAGGUUAAUAGAGCUAAACAGAGAAAAAGCUUCUCUCGGAGUAGAACUCAUAUUGGACAACAGCGUAGACGACACAGAACUGUGAGCAUGUGUUCAGAUAUCCAGCCAUCUUCUCCUGAUGUGGAAGUAACUUCACAGCAUAAUGAAACUGAGAAUGCCGCACUGGUAGCGGAGCCCGAAACAGAAACUGUUGUUACAGAAAUGGUUACUGAAACAGAAGCUCCAGCACUUAAUAAAUGUCCUACUAAGUAUCCUAAAACGAAGAAGCACUUGGUCAAUGAAUGGUUAAGUGAAAAAAGCGACAAGACGGGGAAGCCUGCAGACAGUGUUUCAGAAAGGCCUCUGCGCAUAACUACUGACCCUGAAGUUCUGGCUACUCAGCUGAAUUCUCUACCAGGUCUCACUUACAGCCCACAUGUAUAUUCUACUCCAAAGCACUAUAUUCGUUUUACUUCACCAUUCCUUUCAGAAAAGAGGAGGAAAAAAGAACCCGUGGAAAACAUUACUGGCUCUUGUAAGAAGCGUUGGUUGAAGCAAGCUUUGGAAGAAGAAAACUCAUCAGUGAUUGAUAGAUUUAAUUCGCCAUCACAGGAGAGAUCUAGAAGUCCAGCCAUCAAUGGUGAAAAUAAAAGCCCUUUAUUACUGAACGACAGCUGUUCCUUAACAGAUCUAACAACACCACUAAAAAAACGAAGACUGUAUCAGCUGUUGGAGUCUGCAUUCUCAGAAACGUCCACACCUACUCCUUCUCCAUAUGCCACACCAACUCAUGCUGACAUCACUGCCUCAGAGCCAUCGCUGUUUGCUACUCCUCCUAGGGUAAAAACAGAAGAUGAAACCUGUAGAAAUGGUUACAAACCCAUUUAUUCGCCAGUUACUCCAGUAACUCCAUGUAUCCAUGGGAAUACCAUGCACUUUGAGAAUAUUUCCUCACCUGACAGUUCCCCAGAAAUAAAAAGGCGAGCUUACAGUCAAGAGGGAUAUGACAGAGCAUCGAUUCUAGCACUGAAUUCUUUCAGAAAUUCCAACCUGACAGAAAUGGGUCUGCAAGAAAUAAAGACUAUUGGAUAUUCCAGUCCAAGGAAUAGGACUGAUGUCACUCGGCAGUGCACUGGCGAAAUGGAAUCUGUGUCAGACCUCCAGCUGGGACUCGAAGUUAUUGAGCAAAGUGCACUGCAUAAAAACCUGGAAGCCCCCACACAUGAUAGGACUGAUUCAAACAGCCAAUUAGAAACUGCUCAUUGUGGACGGGGCACAAUUUAUUCUUCCUGGGUAAAAAGUCCCGACAGGACAGGUGUAAAUUUCUCAAUGAAUUCUAAUUUGAGGGACUUGACCCCUUCACAUCAGUUGGAGGUAGGAGGUGGAUUCAGAAUAAGCGAGUCAAAGUGCCUGAUUCAAGACGAUGCUAGAGGCAUGUUCAUGGAAGCAUCUGUUUUUUGUACUUCAGAAGAUGGAAUUGCAUCUGGCUUUGGAAGGACUGUCAAUAACGACAACUUGAUGGAUGGAAAUUGCACACCCCAGAAUCCUCCACAAAAGAAAAAGGUAUCCUUAUUAGAAUACCGUAAGAGACAACGAGAAGCUAGAAAAAGUGGCUCAAAGACAGAAAACUUUCCCCUUGUUACCGUAUCUCCUCAUGCAGCUGGUGGAGGAAAUAUAAGUAGUAACAACGGUGCUAACGAUGGGUAUAACAACAGUGGUGAAAAUGGGGAGCAAACCGAUAACGCUGCGAGCCUACCUGUACCACUGCCAACUACUGUUUAUAACGCAGCUCCAGAAGACACUGGUAACAACUGUGCAAUUAAGGAGACGUCAAGUGAGAAGAGCGAGCCAGAGGUCCAGUGGACUGCAUCAACCUCUGUGGAACAAGUGAGAGAACGAAGUUAUCAGAGAGCGUUACUUCUCAGUGAUCAUAGGAAAGACAAGGACAAUGAACCUGAUCCUGAAAAUCCAGAGCCUACUUCUGAAUGUCCGUCCCCAGAUACUUCACAGAAGACUUGUAAGAGUCCUUCAAAAGCAAGCAAGCCCUCUUCACCAAGUCCUGUAGUUUCAACACAGUCACUUGGGAAAACGCCGGCAAAACCAGAUUCGCACUGGGAAACUGCAGCAAAUGCACCAGAGGCCGAGUGUGCGAAUCACCCAAAACCUGAGCUGCAACAAAAACAGCUGACAAAUAAUGUCCAAGCACUUUCAAAAAAUCAUCCAUCUCAGUCACAUCUGCGCAGUUCUGCUGAGCAACUUCCACACUCACAGAAGUUGCCUUCUGCACCUUUGAAGCUUCAUUGUCCCCCCUCACCUCACGUAGAAAAUCCUCCCAAGUCAUCUACGCCUCACGCGCCCGUGCAGCAUGGUUACCUUUCACCAAAGCCUCACUCGCAGCAGCUGGGCUCUCCGUACAGACCUCAUCACCCCCAGUCACCUCAAGUCGGAACACCCCAGAGGGAAACGCACCGGAACUUUUAUCCAGCAGCACCACCCCUUCAGCCUGGGAAUCAGCAGCAGCCCAGCGGACCGCUGUUUACUCAGACAACUUCAGGACAAUCUUCAGCUUCUUACAGCCAAUUUAACCAACAAAAUUUGAACAGCAAUGCACCACCUCCCCCUCCCCCUCCGCCCCCCUCUUCUACGUACUAUCAAAACCAGCAGCCCUCUGGAAACUUUCAGAGUUACAGUCAGCUGAAGGGCAGCAUACCCCAACAGACUGUGUUUUCAUCUGGACCAAACCAAGCACUUCCUGGCUCUGCGGGUCAGCAGACAGUGCCAGGACACCACGUCACCGCGGGGCAUUUUUUGCCCUCUCAGAACCCCAGUAUUCAUCACCAGGCUUCGGCCUCUGCUGCCCCACCUCCUCCUCCGCCCCCGCCUGCCCCGGGACCUCACCUUGUACAGCAGCAAAGUACUCAUCAGCAGCAUUCUGUAGCACACGUGGUUGGUCCGGUUCACGCUGUGGCAGUAGCUCCUGGAUCACACCUUCACUCUCAGGCUGCUGGCCAUCAUUUGCCACCGCCCCCUCCGCCGCCAGGUCCUAUCCCCCACCACCAACCUCCUCAUCCUCCCACGGGACACCAAGGUUUGCAAGCACAACACCAGCAUGUUGUCAACUCCGCACCUCCGCCCCCUCCGCCCCCACCGUCCAAUGUUAUGGGCUCGGGGCACCACCCAGCAUCAGCACAAGGGUUGCACCACCCGUCGCACCAAGGACCCCCCCAUUUCCCCUCAAACGCCCAUACGGGCGUCUCCUCCUACUCCUCACAAGCCCCCCAUCACACGACGUUAGGACCUGGACCUCAACAUCAGCCUGCUGGAACAGGACCUCAUUGUCCACUCCCCGGUCAGGGUCCUCACAUCCAACCUCAAGGACCAAACAGUAUUGCAACGCCCACUGCUUCAGGGUUCUGCCCCCACCCCGGCUCAGUAACCCUUCCCCACGGAGUGCAAGGACCGCAGCAGGCGUCACCGGUGCCUGGACAGAUUCCCAUUCACAGAGCACAGAACCCAGAGGAGAAAACCAGCGUGCAGCUUCCUCUGCUCUGGCCGCUACAAAAGCUGAAAGGGGACAGGAGUGGAAGCGGCAAUUCCUACUCACUGAAAAGUGCAGUGUCAUCCUUGAGGCCUUUAAAAGCCGUUCCCGUGUGAAGAGGGAAGUGGAUGGUCAAAGGCCCUCAGGUCUGAGAUCCAGCUGCUGGCAGGGCCUCAGCAUGCACGGGGUGUCUCCUGCCUAGCGCAUUCGUGUGGCUCUCCCGUUUCUUUUUGGAUGAGCGGCUGCCCGGGCGCAUCUGGGAUGGGGGAUAAAUGGCUGCUUGUCUAUAAAAAGUUAAACACCUCCUAUGAAACGGCUCAGUUUUGUCUUGUUUCGUCUAGCACCCUCUCAGAUACAGCCCAUCAUUCCUCGUUAGCCUUCUGUAUGCUUUGGUUUGUACAGGUGAUGCUAUUUUGUAACUAACCCCAUCGUGCAGAACACAGUAAUUACAGCCAGGCUAACCCCCACCCACCCCCACCACCACAUGUAAUUCUAGCAAAGAGUUGGAUUUACAGCUAGCAAAGAUUCCAAUGACCAGCACACUGUCUGAAAAAACAAAACACUUUAAUUAGACAACUGCAAGCACCUCAAACAACUGGUUAUUGUUACAGCAUGGGGCUAUCUUCUCACAAUCUAGUUAUUGCAAAGGCAUGUGAAUAAAUUUCAUAUGGACAAAGUCAAGAAAAAGUGGCACCAUAGUUACAUGAAAAUCAGAAGUAAGCUUACAUUCAUCCCACUGACUUCUAAAAGAGGCCAAAACACACCUCUGUAUUUUACAUUCUAAAAUCUGUAUUGCCUAUAAGCUUCAGUCUAUGUAGCUUUUUUUCCUAGGAAACACGUAAUUCUUGCGUGCAACUUACAAAGAAUAAUCGUAUGUCUGGUUAUGGGAAAAAAAUAAAGCUAGUGCAAUUUGUUUUAGAAACAUGUAAAGCUAUGAAUGGAAUGAGCAUGAUCUUGCUUCUUGCAUUUUACCCACUGCACUGUAAAUUAUUUGCAGCUAUCCUUCCUUAACUGAUUCCAAGCACACACUUUUAUUAUAAAAGAUCAGCAAUUCUACACAGAGAGUGGUUCUCAUGCUCAACUUUUAAUUUUUUUUCUUAAGGUAUAGUACAACUUACAGUGCUUAUAAAAAGGCAACACCAUAUGGUACCAUGUCUUCACUAUCACAUUGUAAGGGAAAUUGCUAUUUUCUUUUCUUAAAAGCACUUAAAAUAGGCAAAAGUUCUAAAAGGGAGUGCUAAAUGAUAAUGCAUACUUUAUUAGAAAGAAGUCUAGCCUUCCUUUAAAGUGCCAUUUGGGGAAUGAAAUCCUGUAAACCAGAGCCACUUUGUUUAAAAUCCAAUGAACGGGAACUGCUACAGAAUAGAAAGUUUACACAAUUCCUUAAAGCAGUUUAAAGUCCACUACAUGCAAUUCAUUUGCUAUAAAGCUCUCUAAAACUUAGUAGCUUUACUCUGAAAUUGAGUCCCCAGUCCCAUAUUUAAAUGGAAAUAAACAUUUACAGGGUGCAUUUACAUACACUAUAAUACAAGAAUGACGUCCCUUUGCCAGAAGAUAAAAUUGUACAAUUCCUUGCCGUAACUCAGUUCUGACUUGAUAAAUUUCUUACGCUUGUAAAUUAUAUAAUAUGCAUCAGCUAAAAUAUUUUUUUCAUAAAUAGUUACAAAACUUGCC